GUUGGAAAGUUGUCCGAAAGCCUCGCCAGCUGCUCAGACCGCGACUAAUUAUAUAAGUUGUAGCUUUAAAGAGAAAAUAAGACACUGACGAAAUUUCUUGGGGACUUUCUUCCUGCGCUUCCCCUGCCUUGGACAGAGAGCUUGCAACCUGCCUCUCCGUUUCUGACGAUAUUCACGGCUUCAUUGUAAAUAGACAAAAAGAACACAAUGACAACACAUUUCAGGAGCGGCCCUGCCUUUGGACUUUCCGCCGAAGUUAAGAGUAAGUUGGCUGGCAAGUAUGACCCACUGAAGGAGGAUGAACUGAGGCUGUGGAUUGAGGAUGUGACUGGCAAAAGAAUGGGGGACAAUUUCAUGGAGAGUCUGAAGGAUGGAGUUCUGUUGUGCGAACUUAUUAAUGUUCUCCAGCCAGGCUCUGUGAGGAAGAUUAACCGCUCCAGUCAAAACUGGCACCAGCUGGAAAACAUUGGGAAUUUUGUCCGUGCCAUCACAGAGUAUGGCCUGAAGCCGCAUGACAUCUUUGAGGCCAAUGAUCUGUUUGAGAAUGUCAACCAUACUCAGGUCCAAUGCACACUCAUCGCUCUGGCUGGAAUGGCCAAGUCUAAAGGUUUCCGCUCUAAAUACGAUUUGGGGGUGAAGUAUGCUGAGAAACAGCAGCGACGUUUCGCUCCAGAGAAGCUCAGGGAGGGACGGAACAUCAUAGGUUUGCAGAUGGGCACCAACAAGCUUGCCAGCCAAAAGGGCAUGACCUCUUAUGGGACGCGUCGCCAUUUGUAUGAUGCCAAGAUGGGCAUGGACAAACCAGAGGACCAAUCAACUAUCAGCUUACAGAUGGGCACCAACAAAGGAGCCAGCCAGGCUGGUAUGACAGCUCCAGGAACACGUAGGCACAUCUUUGACAAGAAUCUGAAGCUGGAGAACUGUGACACCACCACCAUCUCACUUCAGAUGGGCACCAACAAAGUGGCCUCCCAGCGGGGCAUGACCACCUAUGGCCUGCCCCGCCAGGUCUUCGACAACAAGUACUGCACCAACCCCACUGAGACCUACUACGACAACGGGAGCGAGGUGGAGUUUGACGGCUACAACCAGUACUCUGAUUAAAAUAAAACCAUGGACAGCUUCACCCCUCUUCCUCCUUUUGCUUUAACCUCAAACAACCACUGCUGUUUUCAUGACGACCAAACCUUCCAGACUGUUAUUUAACUCAGACUGACGUCACCGUUGUCUUCAUUCCCCGUCUUUUCUUAACAUAAUUUUACUCUUAGGAAUUUAUUGUUUGCCUUUCCAUGAGCAAAAGAAAAAAAAAAACUAGUGUUUACACUGACCUUAAGUUAAAAAAUGUCAUGCUGUGGCCAACUUCUGUCGCCCUGGUUAAUGUUAUUUCAGCUAGAAAAUACCCACACAGAGCUCAGAAGUUGAUUUUAUUGACCUUUGCUUUGUACAUUUUUUUUUUCCUACAGCUUUUUAUAAUUGUAAUUAGAGAUUUUAAGCUCUUCAUUUUUAGCUCACAUCCUUGCCCUUCUACAGCAGUUUGAACACUGAAGCAGGAUCUGAAAGUUCUUCCAGAGGAAGCAGAAGACCGUGUUGGUGCUAUUGAACUUUGGCCCAGUUGGAACGGAUUCCAGCUCUGCAGGCUCAAAGGUUCAACCCUUUGGGAUGACUUGGGAGCUCCGGGCCGUGGACUGAUCGGGGUGCAGAAUACUGGAGGACUGUGUGGACACUGCGUGUUUUAAUGAGCACCUGCACUAACAGAUGGCUAUUAGUGACCUUGUAAGUCGUUUUACAGGGCUUGUUUACGUGGUUUGUUUGCUGCAUUUCUAAAUAUCUGGUUUAUUUUUAUUUUUGGCAAAGUUCUGCUUCUCUAAAUGAACAAUUGUAAGUGCAGUGGUGCCCAGUUUGAAGUUUGGUAAUUUAGAUCUUUUGUAUUGCGUGUCUUGUUUUGCUCCAUCAAUGUGGGAGAAGUUUCUUCUUGCCUUAUGCUUUAAUGAACAGCUUUAUUAUUGCUUUAUUAGCACUUUACUUGGUUUCAUUUUGUGUGCAGAAAACAGUAGUGGAAAAUAACUAAGUACAUUUACUUAUAUACUAUGUUUGGUACAAUUUAAAGGUACUUGGACAUUUUUCCCCACUUAUGCAGCCUCAAAUUUGAGUGGUGUUGGCUCAAACACGCCCAGAUAACGGGGCCGCGUUGUGAAUGUUUGCAUCUUUUAGAAAAAAUAGUAAAACUUGUGUAUAUUAAUGAAGCCGAAUUAAAAAUAAAGUUACUCUCAUUCACUUGUAUUUUUUCCUCUGUAUUUUUUCAAGUAAAUAGCGACAUAAUUUGUGGAGAAAAAGCAGUCCAGUAAGACGUGUCGUAAAAUAAAAUCCUCUACGAUUAUCUCCCACAAAAAAGUUAUAAGUUGAGUAAUUUCUUGACUCUUUACUAACGCAGUCCACAGAUAUGAGAGUCAACUUGGCUGCUUAUUUAACUGCAUGUGAAAUUUAGUGGUUAAUGACAGGUGCACCGCCGCUAUGGAUGAUAGCUGUUAAUUUUUUAUUUUUUUUUUAACAUUUUCAUCAUUACAGAUAUUUAAACAUUCAGACACAACAAUCGGAAGCUGUGAAUUGGUAUUGCAAUCUAAGUAAAAUGUCCAAGUACCUACUUUAUCCACCGCUAGCAAUCAGUAGGAAGGUGGAAAGCAGACCUAGCAGAAAUCCCCUGAUCUGUCAAGCCAAAUAAUCAUGUCAUUUAAAAAAUAUUUAAUUCUAAUGUUCACCCACCGAAGGUCACGAAUGUAACACCUAUUGUUAGAGGCAACUCUCUUUUACAGGAUGCAUCACACACACGCCUGAAUGUCUAUUCUGCAACAGCGUAUUUAGGACUUGUAAAAGCGCGCCACCUAGUGUUGGUUUACUGUAUGGCAAUGCACCAAAUGUUUUUGUUCACUUGUAUUAUUGUGUUACUUCAUGGAAAUAACCUUCCCUGUGACAGGUAAUGUUGAGUAAAUGUAAAGGAACAUUUCACCCUAAUGGUUUUUUUUUCUUCCUUUUUUUUCACCAAACAUGACAUUUGUGCAAUAAAAACACUUCAAAGAA